AUGGAUAAGCUGGAUAUCUCACACUCAAAUCUCGCUUGGACACCAGACAUGUUUUCUUUUAUUUAUAAUUCGAAUCCAGGCCGUGUCGUCUUCAAACCUGGCGCUCUUUCGGAUAUCUCAGCGGAACUUGACCGCCUGGGUUGCAAAGCCGCACUCAUUCUAUCUACACCUCAACAAGUGAAUGCAGCCGAACAAGUUACGACUCUCCUAGGUUCGUCCGCUGUCGGUAUCUUCUCAAAUGCUACAAUGCACACGCCCAUCGCGAUCACGCUCCAAGCUCUCGCGCAAGCCGAAGACAAGCACGCUGACUGCGUCAUUUCUGUUGGUGGAGGAAGUACCACAGGCUUAGGGAAAGCUAUUAGUGUCCGCACUGGUCUUCCACACAUCAGUGUCCCAACGACGUACGCAGGCAGCGAAAUGACACCCGUCCUUGGCGAAACAGUCGACGGCGUGAAAACCACGCGAACCGAUCCGAAAAUUCUCCCAAAUACCGUCAUAUAUGAUGUGAACCUCACACUUAGCUUGCCGCAGAAUUUGAGCGCAACCAGCGGCAUUAAUGCUAUCGCGCAUGCAGUAGAAGCGCUGUACGCACCCGACACCAAUCCAGUUAUUCGCCUACUAGCUAAAGAAGGCAUCCAUGCGUUAGCAAAAUCUUUACCUGUCAUUGUCGCUGAUGGUGCCAAUCUAUCCGCCCGAAGCACAGCACUCUACGGCGCAUGGUUGUGCGGCCAGUGCCUGGGAAGCACAACCAUGUCUCUACAUCACAAGCUCUGUCAUGUCCUCGGUGGAUUAUUCAAUCUUCCACAUGCAGAGACGCAUACUAUCAUGCUGCCUCACACUGUAGCAUAUAAUGCCCCAGCUAUUCCAGAAGCCAGCAGGGAUAUGAUUGAUGUACUGCCAGGUGCGGAUGGAGACUGUGUUCGGGGACUUAAUAAGCUUAUUGAUGGACUUGGUAUGGGCAAGGCUUUGAGGGACUAUGGUAUGAAGGAGGAAGACGUUGAAAAGGCGGCAGACUAUGCAUUACGGAACCCGUACGCAAACCCAAGACCAAUCGUGCUAGAGAAAAUUCGGGAAUUGAUACGGAGGGCCUGGGCAGGUGAGGAAGCAAGGUCGGAUCUGUAA